UCGAUUUUUUCCCCCACCCCUAAUACAUAUAGGUAGUGUUUCUCUAAACCAGUUGAGGAAAUGGUUCAAAUGGUUUAUUGAUCUAUCUAUUCAUUCAGUUAAUUCUAUUUCAGUGCCGGUUUUCAGAUCAAUAUUACAUGUUGAUAAUGUUUCCUCUGUUUUUCUUUCAGUUCGUGUUCUUUAUGGCAGUAUGAUAAGUGUAUUUUAUCUCUGUCCUUGUGUGCGUGCGCGCUUUUACAGAUGCCAACUGUGCUGUCCUGUCCGAACAGUGCGAGGACCAGCCGUGUCCAGCAGACAUGCAAUGUGUUUCAGUUGAGGCCACCAGAGGGCGCUACGCGUGUCAGUGUCCACCAGGCAAACUGGGAGAGUGUGCAGGCCAUUCGUCUCUGAGUUUCUCAGGAAACAGCUACAUCAAGUACAGACUGUCUGAGCGGCUGCAGCCGGAGCUGAAAGUUAGCCUCAGGAUCCGAACACUGCAAAGCAGAGGAAUCAUUAUGUACACACACACUGAGCCCUGCACUGUGCUCAAGCUGGAAGAGGGGAAGCUGUGGUUCCAGCUGGCCUGUGGCCUUGGCAGUGGUGGUGGCGACAGUCCCGACAUGUUGGGCAUCUCCGGCCGUCGUAUCAAUGAUGGCAGCUGGCACACGGUGGCACUGGAGCUAAAUCGCAACUUCAGCAGCCUGGCGCUGGAUGACAGCUACGUUGAGCGUCGACGUGGACCACCAUUCAUACAACCACUUGCUCCAGACAGAACCAUCUACUUUGGAGCACUGGUGCAGCACCCCAACUCUCGCAGCCUCGUGGACUCCCAGAAGGACCCGCGGGUGCUUGAGGGUUUCCAGGGCUGCCUAGACUCGGUCAUGUUGAACAACAACGAGCUGCCGCUGCAGAACAAACGCUCGCGCUAUGCGGAGGUGGUAGGACUGACGGAGCUGAAGCUGGGCUGCAUCCUCUAUCCCGACGCCUGCCUGCAGCAGCCCUGUCGCAAUGGAGCCACUUGCACCAGCCUGCCUUCUGGGGGGUUCUCAUGCAGCUGUCACCCGCUGUACACCGGAGGGCGCUGUGAGAUGGAGAUAACGGCGUGUGUUCCCAACCCAUGUCAGAACGGUGGCAUAUGUAAGCCCAUCGGCAACGCCUUCCUCUGCAGCUGCAGGAGGGGCUUCAAGGGUCUGAUCUGUGAGGAAGAUGUGAACGAAUGUGACCGCAGCAAUCCAGAGGGUGAGUGUGAGAACGGUGGCGUCUGCGUCAACACUUAUGGUUCCUUCUACUGUAACUGCACAGCGGGCUUCGUGGGCCAGCGCUGUGGUCUUCGGCCCGUUGUCGUCCCAGACAUGCAGGCCGGUCACACUGUGGUCGGUAAAGAGGAGCUGAUCGGAAUCGCUGUGGUGCUUUUGGUCAUCAUCACCCUCAUCAUCCUCUUCAUCGCUUUCCGAAAGAAGGUUUUCCAGAAGAGCUACUCUCGGAACAACCUGUCUCUGGUCCAGGACCCAGCCACUGCAGCACUCCUCAACAAGGCCAACGGUGUUCCAUUUAACUGCACACCAGGAGACCCUCUCAACCUGUACUCUGAGCCGGGGCUGGGGGCCACUGUAGUGGGAGGGGGCGGGAUGAUGGGACCUCCACAGGUCCCUGUGAGGCCCAUGGCAUACACGCCCUGUUUCCAAGGAGACCCACGGUCCACGCUGGAGAAGAUGGUGGACGGACGCGGUGUGGAGCAUACCGAGAUGAGCACCUUUCACCCAGAGUCACCAAGGAUCCUGUCGGGAACCACCAGGAGGGGGGUGGUGGUGUGCAGUGUGGCCCCCAACCUGCCGCCAGUGUCGCCCUGUCGCUCAGACUGUGACUCCAUACGCAAGAGCCCAUGGGAUGAUGAGGGUGAGUGUGUGUGUGCUUUUUACUACCUGCUGAUGUGAGAAUAUACAAUUAGAAUAAGUUAGAGUUAGUAAAUCAGGGACAGUUUUUUGUGUCCUCUAGGGGGACAGCAGUCUAGCAGCUCUGCUUUGGUAUUUGGAAGGCUGCUGAAGUUAAAUAUUAUAUUGACUGAUAAAAUUGUUAUCACAUUCAUUCAAAAUGUCUUUGGACAGCUUUGUUCAUUAGGUGCCACUGUGUAACUUUAUGUAGUGCAAAAUAAAUGUUGUUAAAGCAUGGACAGGGUCAUCUAAAUGUGAUGCUUGGACUUCAUGCACUUUUGCACCAGAUACAAUUCAGACUUGUUGUUUUAAUUAACAAAAGUCUAAAUGUAAAUAAAUUGAGCGUGGAAGUUAGAGAUGUCCUGAUCAAGUUGUUCUGCCCUGAUUUGAGUCCUUCAAUGACGGGUAAGUUUGUGAUACUGCCCAGUGCUACACUGUGGAAAUGAGAUAAGAUAGAACUCAAAGAUUCCUCUUGUUGAAGAUGCUCCGUAUACAAAGAAAAAGGAAUUAAAUACAUGGCUGAAGAUGGAUAUGCAAUGCUGAUUAAAUACGUCUCUGGUGCAUUGAAACAACAGCUGUAACAUGCUUUAUUUGGGAGAGUAAUUAAUGAAUUCUUCAGAAACAAAGAAGUUUCUGAAGAAUUUCUGAACAUGAGAUGAGACCCUUUGAUCUUAGAUUAUUUUGUUACUAAUAAACAACAUUAUGUUCAACAUUAUGUUCUGUUAAUUUAUGCAUGCCAAUGAUUCAUAUAAAAGCACAAGCUACUACUUCCAGUGCUCAAAUAUUUUUCCCUCCUUAGACUUACUGGGUUUAAUGUAUUUUUAUUACUGCUGGGCAAGUUAACGAGUUAACGCAUUCAUUAAUUAACGGCGACAAUUAUUUCAUCGCGCGGUAACGCAGUAUUUUUUUACUAUUAAGCGGACAUUUUUAACACAAGAACCGGGCAGCGAGUGGUGAAUAGCUGUGUUUGUGUGGCGUCACUUCCUGCUGCUGCCCCCCCCCCCCCCUGGUGACAUGCCCCCUUCACUCCGUCACCGUCGGUCCCUCCUGUCUGAUCCUGAUCUGAUCUGAUCCUGUAGCGAUCGUCUCGUUACAGGAUCAAACGUGACAAUAUCAAAAUACAUAUUGU